AUGGCACUGAGGGCCCUGGGGUGCUUGUUGUAUUCAAAGAACAACCGGAGCAACUGGGAACAUAUAAGAGACAGCGAGACAUGGCAAUUAACUAAUACCUCACCUUCAUUGGAAAUCUUACAUUCAUUGAGAAUAAGCUAUGAUCUAAUGCCGUCUUACUUGAAAAAAUGUUUUGCUUAUUGCUCGAUAUUCCCGAAGAACCACAAGUUCGACAACAUUGAGCUGAUCAAACUGUGGAUCUCUAAUGGGUUUAUCCAAUCCAGCAGAAAUAAUCAGGAGCCUGAAGAGAUUGGACAGCAGUACUUGGAGGAGCUGUUAUCUAGAUCAUUCUUCAUUGUUCUCAAAGACAAGUACCCCUUCCUAACCUUCGAAAUGCAUGACCUCAUUUACGAACUUGCCAUUUCGGUGGCACAAACCGAAUCAUUCAACAUGAAAGUGUGGACGCAGGAUAUUUCCCCAACCAUUCGGCAUGUAUCAUUUCCUGAUCCAUUUUAUGCAUCAGAAGAUGAACUGAGUGGCUGCUUCAACAAGCUAAGUCGCAUUCAUACCAUCAUGUGUCAGGGGUUGGAAUCCUCUGACUCCGAGUUCUUUCUGGAGACAUGCAUUUUGCGAUUUAAGCACUUGCGAGUGCUAUGGCUGGAGCAUUCUAGAUUUGACCUACUGCCUAGUUCCAUUGGCGAUCUAAAGCAUUUGAGGUAUCUCAGUUUAUUUGGCGGGACAAUUAAGAAACUCCCCAAAUCGUUCUAUGAGCUUCGCAAUCUGCUGUUCUUAAAUCUUGCCGGGUGCGAGAAUCUCGAGGAAUUGUCCGCAGACAUCAAAAAUAUGAUCAACAUCCGCGCUUUGCAUAUAACCACAAAACAAAAACAUUUCCCGGAGAGUAUAGGACACAUGACUUCUCUGCGGCAGCUAAUCAUUGCGAGGUGCGGGAAUUUGGAGGCCUUGUUUGAUGAUAUAUUGCUCACGUCGCUCCGUAUGUUGGGGAUUGGGGAAUGUCCGAAGCUGGCCUCCUUGGGCAUCAAGAAUCUAAAGGCGUUGGAGGAUCUCUUCAUUUACAAGUGCGAGAGCUUGAGGCUAUCAGAAGGCGAUAGUAAUGAACUGGGCUCCCUGUCGAGCCUUCAAUUCUUGGUACUCUCCAGUCAACCAGAAUUAGUUUCGUUGCCCGGGUGGCUCAAAGGUUCUGCAAGUACACUGCGGAUGAUAUACAUUUACGAUUGUCCCAAGUUGAGCGCAUUGCCUGAGUGGCUGCAAAAUUGUUCUUCUCUGACAAAACUGGAGCUUGAGGGGCUUCCCGAAUUAUCCUCUCUGCCAGAUGGCGUUCGGCUCAUUCCCACAUUGAAAAUAUCCGAGUGCAAGAGAUUGAGCAGUUAG